AACUAAAGAAACGACCAAGUUGAAUAUCCCAAACAUGCAAGUUGUACAUCCCCUCACUUCGCUUAGCUCCACAAAAUUCGAUUUCUUUUAUCAUGCUAUACCUGCAUUGUUUCGGCUACCACCAUUCAAACCUUUCUUCCCAAAUCUCAUACUCCUAAUUUUGUUGCAAUUUAUUCUGUAUUUUUGCAAUUAAUCAAUCACCCACAAUGCAAUUCAAAGCCAUAGUGUCUUCUUCCCCAUACAUUCAAUUCAAACUCCCCAUAAUCAACCAGAAUUCUCUUUCCUCCCAUUUUCGGCGCCCCAAAACCUCCCCAAAACCCUUCAAUUUAUGCAUUUCUAAAUUCCGCCCAAAUCCCAGAAAUUUGCGAAAAAACUGUUGCAUUAGCCCUAGCCAGGAAUAUCUGGGUGAAAAUCUUGAAACCCAUGAACCAGAAUCUGAGAUUAGUGGUUUUGAAAUUAACCCAGAAAAUCAAAACCUCCAAUUUCCAAAACCCACAAAUGAGGUUGAUGAUUUUGCUAAUCAAAGUACUUGGGAUCAAAUAUUUGAGAUUAUCAAGUUUUCUGGGCCUGCGACUGGGCUCUGGAUUUGUGGCCCUUUGAUGAGUCUCAUUGAUACUGCUGUUAUUGGUCAAGGCAGCUCACUUGAGCUUGCUGCUUUAGGUCCAGCAACUGUGUUAUGUGAUUAUGUUGGAUUUGUGUUUAUGUUUCUUUCAAUUGCUACUUCCAAUAUGGUUGCUACUUCACUAGCUCAAAAGGAUGAAGAUCAAGUGCAGCAUCAGAUAUCUAUGUUACUGUUUAUGGGUCUGGCAAGUGGAGUGUUGUUGCUUUUGCUGACAAAAUGCUUCGGUGAAUGGGCUUUAACUGGUUUUGUGGGAGUGAAUAACGUGCAUCUUGUGUCUGCUGCGAAUUCAUAUAUACAGAUUCGCGCCUUAGCAUGGCCUGCCAUCCUUGUUGGAUCUGUUGCUCAGAGUGCCAGUCUAGGCAUGAAAGAUUCCAUGGGACCAUUGAAGGCCCUGCUCAUUGCCAGUGCUCUCAAUGGAAUGGGUGAUUUAGUACUUUGUACCUUCUUAGGUUAUGGGAUAGCUGGUGCAGCAUGGGCAACUGCAGCAUCACAAAUUGUUGCAGCUUAUGCAAUGGUUGAAGCUUUGAAUAGGAAAGGAUACAAUGGGUAUUCUUUUUCAGUUCCAUCACUUUCUGAACUGCAAGAGAUAUUUGGGAUUGCUGCCCCUGUCUUUUUAACCAUGGUUUCAAAGGUGACCUUCUAUGGAUUGCUUAUUUAUUUUGCUACGUCUAUGGGUACGCAUGUAGUGGCCGCUCAUCAGGUCUUGCUUAAUAUAUUUGGCAUGUGUUCAGUAUGGGGUGAGCCCCUUUCUCAAACUGCACAAUCAUUUAUGCCAGAGCUAUUGUAUGGAGCCAACCGAAGUUUAGUAAAGGCGAGAUCUCUAUUGAAGUCUCUUUUGAUAAUAGGAGUGUCUGUUGGACUCCUUCUAGGAACUGCCGCAACAGCUGUCCCGUUCCUUGUUCCUAAUUUCUUCACAUCUGAUACAGUAGUGAUAGGAGAGAUGCGCAACGUUUGGAUAUGUUUUUUCCUUGCUUUGAGUGUCACUCCUUGUAUACUGCCCUGCGAGGGUACAUUGCUGGCUGGGAGGGAUCUCAAAUUCAUUAGUAUAUCAAUGAGUGGAUGUUUCGCUUUUGGCGCACUUGUAUUACUGUUCGUGAGAAGUCAAGGAUUAGGCUUAGCAGGCUGUUGGAGUGCCCUUGUUGGAUUCCAAUGGGCACGCUUCUCGAUUUCUCUGAGUCGCCUUCUUUCUCCUAGUGGUGUACUGUUCUCAGAGGAUCUUGAUCGUUUUAGAUUGGCCGAUCUGAAAGUAGCUUAGGCGAUGAAGGAUUCAACCAACAUCUUCACCGAAUCAGAGUAAGAUGAAUUUGAAUUUGGUGCUUCAAAGUAUAAAAAUCAUACCAAAACGAAGUUUUGAUAUGUACAGUCAUAAAAACUACCUAGUACAUUAGUUCGUGGUUAUUCUUUUGCAAGCAUUGCAACUGUAAUUCUCUGAAACUUGUAAUAUCAGUCUGCACUCUCCAGAGAUAGGAUUAUACAUGUAAUCUCUAAGGUGAAUUGUAAUUAUAAUAUCAUAAUCCAUUCUUUUUGUUUGUUGUUUUACCAA